CUCACUAAUGUGGUGGCGCACUACCAAUAGCCAGAUUGAUGAAACAUAUUAUUAUUCAGUACUUUCAGCAAAAGACUCACCAACCACCUUCCAUUUUUUCUGGACUGCGGUUGAAAGUGUGGCCGUGCGACAACUGCACGUUGUGAGCGCAUUAACGCAAAAUCAUCAUUUAUCUCUGCUGCUCUGAUUUCCCUUGUUUACAAGUGAGGUGAAUUACAACUUAACUUUUGCCGGUGAAGUUGACGUGUUGUUUCUGUUUACAGCAAGCAACUAGCAACUGGAAUAUUAAGUUAUAUUCUGUGCAUACGGUGUACUUAAUCUUAUUAUAGUAAAAAGAUAUUUUAUUCAAUCAAGAUGCUAGAAUGUUUAGAUGAUCUUAAGCGCAUGAAUAAGCGCCAACUGCUUUAUCAAUUUUUGAAUUUUGGCAUGAUAGUAUCUUCUGCUUUAAUGAUUUGGAAAGGUUUAAUGGUUGUAACUGGAAGUGAAAGUCCAAUUGUUGUUGUUUUAAGUGGAAGUAUGGAGCCUGCUUUUCACAGAGGGGAUCUAUUAUUUCUGACCAAUCAUAGAGAUGAUCCAGUUCGUGUUGGGGAUAUAGUUGUCUUCAAAGUUGAAGGACGUGAUAUACCAAUUGUUCAUAGAGUCCUUAAAGUUCAUGAAAAGAAUAAUGGCACUGUAAAAAUAUUAACUAAAGGUGAUAAUAACUCCGUUGAUGACAGAGGACUGUAUGCACCUGGACAGCUAUGGUUGGAAAAGAAAGAUAUUGUUGGACGUGCAAGAGGAUUUGUACCAUAUGUUGGUAUAGUAACUAUACUUAUGAAUGAUUAUCCUAAAUUUAAAUAUGCGGUUUUAGGAUGCCUUGGAUUAUUUGUACUUAUUCAUCGAGACUGAAAAAACAAUUUUUUAAAAAAACGAUGGAUCAUUGUUUACCAUCAGGAUCAUUUUUGUCAUGUGAUGCUACUAUGUAGAUCACUUCAUCUAUAACCAGAACUUUUCUUCCCAAGUAUUAUUAUAAAUUUAUUUAAUUCAUUUGAAAAUGUUUGUUCAAAAGUUUAUUUUAAUUCGAAGAAUAUUGUCUCAAAUGUUAAUUGAUCACAAAUUUCAAAGCAUGACAAUUUCAAAACAAAUAUAUUCAAAACAUUAUAUAUUUUUUUCGAACAAAGUUAAAGUGCAAAGAAACUUAAAGGAGGAUGAAACAAUUUUUUUUUCUUUGUCAAUGUGUGCUAUUUUAAUCUGUAAUAAUCCAGAUUUACUUCCAUUUAUAUUUGAGCUUAUGUGGACUGCUGAUAUUUUAAAUUUUAUUUGAAAUUUUUUUAUAUAUCAAGUUAUUAUUUCUUGCUGUUAAAUAAAACGAUAAUAAGGUGUUUCUUUUCUAUACUUUCUUUUGAAAGUUCCACACAAAUUCUUUAAAUUGUGAAUUUCAGCAUCUUUGUUUACGAGAAAUCUGAUAUAUAAUGCUUAUUAUUUGUAAUUUUGUUUGUUUUGUGGUGGACUGUUGGUUUUAUAAUGGAUAUAUGAUUCAAAUUUGUAUCUUGACUUGGAUAAAGCAAAUCUAUUUUCUCUUUAUAUUGUUAAAAAAUUUAUUGCAUCAUGCACGCACAAUUGUAAAUUAAUCCCCAAUUGAAUAAAAUAAUUAAAUGCACUACAUACAAUUAAGAUAUGUCUAUCCUAAAUAAAUAAUCUUUAUCUUGUUGAAUUCAGAUAAUGUAUUAAUCUUUUGUAACUUAUCCAGGUCAUCAAGCAAAGUUUUAUAAUAUAUAAUGGUUCAGUCGUUGUUCCUAGUGUAUUAAAAAUAAAACUAAUAUUGGUUUAACUUUUUAUUUUAUUUUUAAGGCUCUUACUAAGUGAAGGGCCAAAACUAGCUUACUUAAGAAAAAUUAUGAUUCCUUAAUAUCCUAAGUGCUCAGUGUGAGUGUUUCAGUGAAUUGAUAUUGCUUUAGAAACAAAUUUAUUUAUUGUUCUGAACUUUAUUUUUUUUUUUAAAAAAAGCUUUAUGUAAAAUACAGAACAAUCACCAACUGUUCCAAAUUUUAAUUUUUACUUCUUUAAUAUUUUUUCCCUUUUGUUUUUAGUGCUUUUAUAUUUUGGAAUAAUAUUUGUUGUUUAUAAUUUCUGUUGAGAAAUAAAUCAGUUUAAAUUUGCAAUAUAAAAACAAUGAAACUCUCAACAUACAAAGAUUACAUCGGAAUAUAUAUUUUUUAAAUAUAAUAAUCAUAAUAAAAGUAAUAGUUUAAAGUUAAUCACAUGUUAACGAUAUCCAAUAAACUUUUUUGUAACUCAUUUUCAUGCAAGCUUAUUGUGAAAAAAUUUAGAAAAUAUUUUUUCUGUUACAUUUUCUAAGUCAGAAAUUCUUAAGCAAAUUUAAUCUGAACUCUCUUUUUAAAACUUGAUGGCAUUCCUUUAUGCAUUUAUCUCUUUUUCUUUUUGGUCAAAAAUGUUAUAGAAAAAAAUUUUGUUCUGUACUUUCAUAUCAGUAAUUAUAACUUAAAAGGUUUUGAAAAUCUUGGUAUUACCGUACUUUUCUACAUAAAUAAAAAAACUUUUCAGUUA